AUGCCUCCCACUCUAGAAGAUGACCACUUCUCUUCUGGCAUCUAUAAUGGCUACUCCCAAAACCCGACUCCCACCUCCUACAAUCCCAAUGCCUCGCAGACACAAUGGUACGACAACUCUACCCCCGCGAUCGAUGCGCCAGCUGCUCCACCAAGCACGAAAUCAAAAGCCGCUCCGCAAGACAACGAAAAGCUACGCUUGCUCCCAGAAUUAAGGGCCAUACCAUGGAGGAAGGGAAAGCAAUGCGCGCCUGAGAAAUCAACGCAUAGCAGCAGACCGCAGACUCGGGGAGCGUUUUUGUUGGUUACGAGGGGAAUUGUUCGUGCUCCAUGUACGCACUGCGAGACUGGAGCUGGACGCUUCGCGUUAUGUAUUUCUCUCAAUGAUUGGUAUCAUGGAGCGUGUGCGACGUGUGUUAUGGCUACGAGGGGGAACAAAUGCAGUCUUAGACAGGAUGUCGAAGAGGGUUUCCUACCUUUGGAUGGACCGCAGCAACAAGAUUCGACACGGUUGGCAUCUCCUGAUGAUGGGAACGGGGAGUACCAAACUUCAUCUGCGAAGCGCAAGCAAUCGCCAACGAGGGCAUAUGUUGCAGGAUACUCUCAGGACGAAAAAGCAGUUGACGAGCAUCAAAGUCCCUCUCAGCCUACGCCGAGUACAAACAACUACCAAGCCUACAAUAGCACACUUCCACCCCAAUCCACGAAUCGAUAUCCUACAAUGGCUCCCCAACAGCCUACAACAUAUACCCCAACUCCGAACCCUCACCCUGCAACUCAAAGCUUUGUACCAAACGACAAGUCCUCAUUACUAGAUUACGUCUAUCAAAAACAAUACCCGCCCAACGGCAAGAAGAGGCAUCACAUCCUCCAUCAAGCCGAACGGGAAGCCUCACAAGGCACCAAUAAACCUGCACCCAACAAGCGGGUUAGACUAGGCACUGAGUACGACGAGAGGGCAGAGGCAUCUAGUUCCAUAUCACCAAGCGUACAACUAAUCCAGUCUGCGGCAGCUUAUAGACCUGGAGGCCAUGAGAAUGAAGCUACACCACUGAUUGACACGCUGUCAAAGAAGAAACAGAGGGAGAUAUUUGGCAUUAUUGGCGGAUUGCAGAGUGGUAUUAGGCUGGUGAGACAGCAGACGGACAGUUUGCAGAAACAGCUGGAUCUUUUACAAAGUGCUUUUGGGAUCGAUUUGGAUGAGGAUGAGGAGGGGAUUUGA